UGUGGCACCGGCUGGGUGGAGGCAGGGCCCAGACAGCACUGCCCUUCCGACCUCCCUCAGGCUUUUUUCAGUGGUAAAGAAUGCGCCCCAAGGGUCUCUGCCAGGCCUGACCCCACUGCUGGGGCUCUCUGUCCCCAGGAACAGCGAAGAUGGCAAGUGAAUUGCGCUCUUCUCUGCCUAGCUGCCUCCUCUCCCUCCUCCUCCUCCUCCUCCUCCAGCUGUCUUCCAGCUAUGCAGGACAGUUCAGAGUGAUAGGACCAGGGCACCCCAUCCGGGCUCUGGUCGGGGAUGAAGCGGAAUUGCCCUGUCGCAUAUCCCCUGGGAAGAACGCCACAGGCAUGGAGGUGGGGUGGUACCGCCCGCCCUUCUCUAGGGUGGUCCAUCUCUACCGAAACGGCAAGGACCAAGAUGGAGAGCAGGCACCUGAAUAUCGGGGACGGACCGAGCUGCUGAAAGACUCCAUUGGUGAGGGGAAAGUGACCCUUAGGAUCCGGAAUGUGAGGUUCUCGGAUGAAGGAGGUUACACCUGCUUCUUCCGAGAUCAUUCUUACCAAGAGGAGGCAGCCAUGGAAUUGAAAGUGGAAGAUCCCUUCUACUGGAUCAACCCCGGGGUGCUGGUUCUCAUCGCCGUUCUGCCUGUGCUCUUCCUGCAGAUCACUGUGGGUCUGGUCUUCCUCUGUCUGCAGCGCAGACUGCGAGGAAAACUUCGAGCAGAGAUAGAGAAUCUUCACCGGACUUUUGAUCCCCACUUUCUGAGAGUGCCCUGCUGGAAGAUAACCCUGUUUGUAAUCGUGCCGGUUCUUGGACCCCUGGUGGCCUUGAUCAUCUGCUACAACUGGCUGCACCGAAGACUGGCAGGACAAUUUCUUGAAGAACUAAGAAACCCGUUCUGAGUGAUGUGGCAUCUUGGCAGGGGUGGAGCAGAGCCUGGUUGGUCCGGGGAUUGGUCCGUGGGGCCGGGGCCACCUCACCCACCAAGUUGCACUCACUGGCCUCUUUGCUACAGGGGCCUCCAAUCUACACCUCCAGCAACACUCAGAAUUCAAAUAGAAUUCAUUUCCCUUUUCUGUCAUGUGCUUUUCCCCUUUCUUU